AUGCCAGGGGCAAACUGUAGUAUUGUUGGUUGCCUGACAUUAGCGGAUAACAGAAAGUAUCCGAAUUUAAGUUUUUUUCGCGUACCGACGAGCAAGAGCAGUGCGAAGAGCGAUUCGAUUAAGGACUGGAGGGCAAAACUGUUGCACAUCAUCAGCAGAGCAGAUAAAACCUUCAAUGCAGAGAGAGCUUUCAUAUGUUCCCGUCAUUUUACUGAAGAGUGCAUAAGAACAGGAAAGAAAGGAAGAAGAAAUCUAAAAGUUGGGAGUUUGCCAACAGAAUUUCUACCAGAGAAAAGUGUUCCAACAGUGAAACCAAACCCUAGGCGACAAUUGACAAGAAACAACUUGACAGAAGUUCCUGAACUUUACCGAUAUAGAUUUUUGUGUGAGCUGCAAAAAAGCUUAUCCAAAAUAAAAGACCCCUGGAAAGUCUUGCUGUGCGAAGAAGAGAAAGUCAUCUUGGGCUACAUUAGCAAAGAUGGAGAUGUAAUAAUCAAAGUGGCUAUUGACGAAGCCUUGGAAUUUACUGUUGAGUACUUGUUUCUUGAGCUCCCAGUCAAUCAUCCUAUCUAUAAAGAGCAUAAGCGAAGCAUCGCUAAAAUCCCAAUUCAGUGGCUCCUCGAGUCUCUUUCUGCAUUGAAUAAAUGUAAUGGCAUAAAUGAUCUAAAGCUAAAAGAAUAUGGAGAGCAAAAUAUACUUGAUAGGAGGCACACAUGUAAUUACAGCUCACAUAAAAGCAAAGAUGAUGGCAAAAUUUCAACAGUUCUCCGGUCAAAUACCUGUGUUGCUUUGAUUUCAGAUGGUGAUGUUUGUGAGGUAUGCAAGAAUGUCACCAAACAGCUGAAGAGGAAGCUUCUUCUAGCUGAUCAUAAUCAGGAUAAGCCUAUAUCAGCCAAGACCCCUUUGAAGAAAGUCACAUCAGAUAGGCUUUCCCAAACCAUCAUAAACAUGCGUCUUAAUCAAAAGAAACUUGAGAUCAAGAUCAAGGAACUAAAUCAGCAAAUAAAGACACAUGGAAUCCAACUUGAUGCUGAUUUGCACAAUGACUGCCAGAAUUUGAUUCAAAAUAUCAAGCAGGAAUUACCAGAAGAUUCUUUUGAAAAAUUGUUCUGGGAACAGCAACAAAAAGCUUUCCAGAGUGAUCCAACGGGUACAAGAUGGCACCCAAUGAUGAUCCGCUUUGCACUGCACAUCCAUUUGCGGUCCCCCUCUGCCUACAAAGCUCUUAAGGAAAGUGGUGUCAUCAAGCUUCCAUCUGAAAUGACUUUACGUGAUUACUCCAAUGUCUUCCAUCCUAGUCCAGGUUUCAAGAAAGAAACUUUUGAAGAUUUGAAGCACCAAGCAUCUAAGCUCAAAGGAAUUGGAAAAUCUGGGUUCUGGCAUUUGAUGAGGUACCAAUCAAGGAUGAUCUUAUCUUUGAUAAGCACACUGGUGAAUUGA